GGCGAAGAUGUUCUUCCUUGUGUUUGUGCUGGGUUUAGGGGUAGAGGUGUGUGGUGAGCCUGAGAAGGUGUUUAGGGUUUCUGCUGGAGAGGAUUCGUAUCUUGCGGCGUAUAAGGCAUCACGGGGAGAUGACCCAAACGCAAUACUAGAUGACGCGGUGAAGAAAACUGACAGAGAAUAUAAAGAGCUUCCGCCUUCUGGUUGGUCUUCGUACGGGCCACCUCCAUCAGGACCUUCAGGUCCAGAUUAUGGACCUCCAUCUCUUCAGUAUGGUCCCCCUAACUACCCUCCAGUGUAUGGUCCACCUCAUCCCCCACCGCCUCCAGUGUAUGGCCCGCCAGCAUCCAAUGUUCAGGUGUUCUAUGGAGUUCCACACGCUCUUGGAAGCAUCUGGGACAAACUUCACGAGAAACUGAAAUUCAAGCUGAACCUUUUCACCCUCGGAAAAAUCCUGCUGAAGUUAGUGAUUUUCAAGAAAAUAGUCAGUUUUAUUGCAAUCCUAUGUCUGCUACUCUUCAUUCCAACUUUGAAGGACAAGAGUAAGCCAUCUCAGUCUUCAUCUUCCAGCAUGGAUGAGAUGGAGAUAGAAGAAGACGAGGAUGAUAUGAUGAGAGGAUUCACAGGAAAAAAAUCUGAUGAUAAGCUAAAUAAAAUCACCAGUUUUGUAUGGCAAGCUGUAGACAGGUGGGAAAACAAAGAAAGGGCAUCUGAUUCUGACUGUGGAGUUUACUGUGAAGUCCAAAGAAUGCUCCAGAAAGUUGACAAAAAUGUCUCGUAUAAAAGAUUGGCAAAACUCUACUCCAAAGAGCUUCAACGAUGACAAAGUACUCGAAACUUUGGGUUUGAUGUUUGUACAGUUAUUUAUUUAAUUUAUUUAUUUAUUAUGAUGUGUUUGAAGACAAAGGAUAGCUGAAUAAAAGUCAUACAAAAU